UCGCUGACCAUCUCAUGUUUGCAUGUAGAAAUACUGGGGCAAUGAGGACAAGUGAGUUUGAUUCAUCUGACGAAGAGGACUUUGGUGAAGAGGAAGCUACACCUUUUCAGAUCUCAUGGUUGUCUCUGUCAGUGGUGGAGUGUUCCCAGUCUCUUGGCAUUUGUUCCUUACCUGGAUGCAGAUAUAAAGAAAUCAGAAGAAACCUGCAGAAAGAUGUUGCGGAGAUGCGUGAUCAGGGUGUGGAGGACGUGUUUGUGUUCUGUACCAGAGGAGAGCUGGUGCGCUACAGGGUGCCCUGUCUGUUAGAGGUUUAUUCUCAAGAUCAUGUGCUUAAAAUUCAAUUUUGUUAUGGAGGCCUGGGACGCUCAGGGUUAAUUGCUGCAUGUUUGCUGCUGCAGCUGUCUGUCUCCAUGACGCCCAGUGCUGCUCUAGAGAUCCUGAGGGAGCUGAGAGGAGGCGGAGCCAUUCAGACCAUCAAGCAAUACAACUUCCUUCAUGAGUUUCGUGAGAAGUUUGAAGCAUAUCAAGAAACCAAAGAGCGGCUUUCAGAGAGAUCAGUGUCCCGAUGAUCAACCUGACAUCCAGAUGAUGUAAAAGCAGAAAAAAAGACAAAUUACUCUAAUUGGUGUUUUUGCUCUAUAGAUUUCCUCUACUUUAUGAAUGCAUUUGUUUCUUUUCUGAUGGCACUUUAAAAAUUCUGUAUUUUUAUAAGUCGAUCUAAUAAUGUGCUUAAUAUAUAACUUUAAUUUUGCAAUUAAAUGGGUCUUGUUCAGUAAGUGAGUCUCCUGUGUGUGAGAAACACUUGUCGGAAAUUAUCAACACCCAAACAAACAAUUUUGUGAAUAUGUGUGUGUGUGUGUGUGCUGAAACAAACUGUGUUUGAACAUAGUCCUGGCUGUGUAAAUAAGGGAAAAAACAAAGUGGAUUGGACUGUUCAGAACGAGCACCAUAACACUCUUGUAGCUAAUCAGCAAUAGGGGCGUUUACGCUCAUGAUGGGGAGGAGAGAGCGUGAGCAAGCGGGAGAUUUGACUAGACUGUUGAAGAAGAGAUGGCUGAGACAUUAACUUACCUAGAUCAAAAUUCAGAGGAAUAUCAUUGGAAAAAGAAAGCUUACAAUCAGGCAAACUCUCAGACCCGUGUUAAUAUGG